GGCAUUAAGUAUCUCUAAAUCUAAUUUGCCACUGACCAGUUUUUCUCAAAUUUGCAUACUGCAGCUUCUGGGUAUUGAUCAUUCACUCAAGAAAAUCAAGAAAAUGGACAGGGAAAGCUCAGGAGAAGCCGAAAUAGCAAGUCCCUUUCUUGUAAAAGAAAGAACUCAGUUACACGGUGGAGAUAGUGGCGGCGGCGGCGGCGGUAGUGCAACAAUGAUGGUGGUGAUCAGCACUCUGGUUGCUGUUUCUGGUUCAUAUGUUUUUGGCUCAGCUAUAGGAUAUUCAUCACCCACUCAAUCCGGAAUUAUGCAGGACCUCGACCUCUCUGUUGCAGAGUACUCUGUUUUCGGUUCUAUAUUAACUAUUGGGGCGAUGAUAGGCGCAAUAAUGAGUGGGAGGAUAGCUGAUUCCAUUGGUAGACGAGGUACAAUGGGGUUUUCAGAAAUUUUCUGCAUCAUAGGAUGGCUUGCAAUAGCAUUCUCAAAGGUUUCUUGGUGGCUUGAUGUUGGAAGGCUACUGGUAGGAUAUGGAAUGGGGAUUCUUUCUUAUGUGGUACCUGUAUACAUAGCUGAAAUUACGCCCAAGGAUCUUCGAGGAGGAUUUACAACAGUCCAUCAGUUGAUGAUAUGCUGUGGUGUUUCAGUGUCAUAUCUUAUUGGAUCUUUUAUUUCCUGGAGGAUAUUGGCUCUGAUCGGAAUUGUUCCAUGUCUUGUUCAGCUUGUUGGUAUAUUCUUCAUCCCGGAAUCACCGAGAUGGUUGGCAAAGAAUGGGCUAUGGAAAGAUUCUGAAGCUGCUCUGCAGCGUCUUAGAGGCAAGAAUGCUGAUAUUUCUGAUGAAGCAGCUGAGAUCAGAGAUUACACAGAAACCCUUCAACGACAUUCUGAAUCUAGCAUAUUUGAAUUGUUUCAGAGGAAAUAUGCUUAUUCAUUGAUUGUUGGAGUUGGUCUGAUGGUACUGCAACAAUUUGGAGGGGUCAAUGGCGUUGCAUUUUAUGCUAGCUCUAUAUUUCUAUCAGCCGGUUUUUCUGGUAGCGUCGGGACUAUUGCGAUGGUUGUUGUUCAGGUCCCGAUGCAAGUACUUGGAGUAGUCUUGAUGGAUAUAUCAGGGAGAAGACCACUUCUGAUGAUCUCUGCAGCCGGAACAUGCCUGGGCUGCUUUCUUGUAGCAAUGUCAUUUUUGUUGCAGGACCUUCAUAAAUGGAUCCAAUUCUCUCCGUUUCUAGCACUUGCUGGCGUACUGAUAUUUACAGGAUCAUUCUCACUCGGCAUGGGAGGAAUACCGUGGGUCAUAAUGUCCGAGGUAUUUCCUAUAAACAUGAAGGGGUCAGCUGGAAGUCUCGUGACACUAGUUAGUUGGUUAGGUUCUUGGAUUAUCUCCUUUGCUUUUAACUUCCUAAUGAAUUGGAGUUCAGCAGGAACGUUUUUGAUAUUCUCAAGCAUCUGUGGCCUAACCGUUGUGUUUGUGGCAAAGCUGAUACCGGAGACCAAGGGCCGAACAUUGGAAGAAAUACAAGAAUCCAUGAAUCCAUUUUCGUAAAAAUAAUAAAUUUACUUGGUCUGCAGGCUUUUUGUUGAUGUUUGAAACCUAUCUGCAAAUGUAGUUUUUGACAUUUUGAUACUAUUGUUAUUUCGGGUAUCAACUUUAAGGCUCAUUAAAAAUGAGCUCUUAAAAGUUUAUUUCAAUGAGCUCUUAAAAGUUUAUUUCAA